AUGAAACAUCGUCUGAUCCUCGGCCUGCUAUGCGGGCUACUGUCGUCUGCCGGCGCGUUGUCAGGAGGCGGCUCCCACGACCCAGAUGUCCCGCGACUCAAGGCAAGCCGAAAAGCCAAGAUCGAAAAAGCGCUCCAGAGAGCCGCUCACCACCUCGAUCAAGCCGUCGACGAGGUCGAGACCCCGAUCGACGCCUCCCUCCUCGAGUCCGAGACCCUCCGCCUCGUCAAGGAUUUUGAGAACGAGGUCGACAAGUUCAGCGACUCGGACUCGAAGGAGCAAGAGCAUCCGGAACCACGACGAAAGCUGAAGACUGAUGAGACCGAUGCGCUUACGGAAGUGCCGUUUGUGAUACAACCAACUGACGCGGACCCGGUUUUGAAUGACGAGAGUCCAUUGGUGACCCCAACGGUUGAAUAUGAGGAGAAGAGGUUCGACAUGGACUUGACAAGAAAGCCCAAGGUCCCGAUUGUCGUAGACGAGGCGGAGACUAAGGUUCCAGAGGUAACAAAGGAAGACGUCCAAACUGUCGCUUCAACAGUAGCUGCUCAAGAAACUCGAUCAUCAGCACCACCUGUAGUAGCGGUAACGACGGGCGACGUCUCAUCGUUGGCACCUACAGUGGUGGCCACAAGUGGUGGCAUCUCAACAGCAGUACCGACCGUUGCGGAAGUGGUUUCAUCAGCAGCACCUGCAUUUGAGGUAACCCAAGGAGAGGCCUCCACAGCUGUGCCGACAGUUGCACCAACAGCGGCCCCUACAAUCGCUACAACAGCAGCGCCCAUAGUGUUUGAAAACAUCGCCAGCGGGGUCGUCGUCACCUACGUCCCCACUGCCCUACCAGCUCCGUUGAGCCGUCUUGGACCGGACGUGGAAGAAGACUUGGAACCUACACAAGAUGAAGAAACCCAAGACUUCAAGUUCCGGAACGACAUUUUUGAUGACAUGGAUGGCGUAGAGGAUGGACAAGAAGAACAUGACCAAAAAGAGCGGCCGGACCCACACCCGGCACGUCUUGCUCCAAGAGAUCAAUGGCAGGUUGACGAAUUAUUUGAUGGCAAGACACCUCCACCUCCUACGCUCGAUUACAUGUGGAGGCCGACUGAGUCCCCUGACGUUCCCAUUGAUCCUAAAUCGUUCGACAACAUCCACUGGCGUCACCCAGUACCCACGAAGUUCCCUCAGCCCAUCCUCGGCCCUGGCGCGUGCAACCACAUCCAUUGCCCAAAAGUAGAGCCGACCGAAGCUUGGGUCGACGAAAAGUUGCGCAACAAUAUCCCAGACGAUGAAGACGUUGACGUUGGAAUCAACCCACUACCUGACCGUCAUCCAAAGGGCGGAAAUGCGCAUGGAAUUGAGGGGAUGAUUGAGGGUCUUGGAACGGCAGAAAGAGCAGAGAAGCUUAGCCACAAGGAUAACGACGAGCGUGACGGUUUUUGGAUGUGGGUGCAAGGCGGAACUCUCAAGAACAAAAACCAUGGACACAAAGACCACGUCAAGAAAUCUGGCGAUCACUUCCGCAUGAAGCUGCUUGACAUCAGCGCCGAGAUAAACUCAUCCGGAGAAGAAGAACCGAAGCUCGAAAUACUUGCCAAGCUUUUGGACGAAAUCAGCGCGGAGCAA